AUGCGGCGCGGUGCAAGAAGGACCCUCACGGCGCUGGCGCUCGCUGCUGGCGGCGCCGCCUCCGAGCUCGCAGUGUGUUCGCUGCCAUCCAGCGCGCUUUACAUCGAGCAAGGCUCUGCGCUCGUGCCGUGCGCUGCAAGUGGCUCCUCCAGUCUCUCGGCCGAGUGCCAGACCGCGUGCAGCUGCCGGCGACUGGAGAACGACAAGAACGUAUACGGCGUCUGCAUCAACAGCAGCGCCACUUUCGACUGCAACGCCGUAGCGGACGCGACGAACUGUUCUCAAGGAGCUGGCUCAAUGUCGGCGGGCUCAAUGGACUUUGCUGGUGAGCUAGCAAGCGACGGUGGCAGCGGCGGCGGUGGACUGAAGGCGUGGGAAUGGGCUCUCAUUGGCCUCGCCAUUGCGUUCGUGGUGGGGCUGCUGGUCUUCUUCUACAAUUGGUUCAAGCACCGGCCGCAGCUGGGCGACAACCGCCGGGAGGUGGUGCAGUCGCUGGAGCUCAGUCGCUCGCAGCCCAAGGGCGGCGUGGAUAACAUGCUGCCCGUCGCGAUGCGCGAGAGUCAGGCGGGGACAGCUACGAGCAACCGCGAGAGCGCGGCGAGGAGCACGACGCGCUCGCAUGACACGAACCCGUCCCAGAUAUCGGGCUUCUCUGGUGGGAGCUACCACACGUACGCGGGCAACCCCAUGAGCAGCACGCUCACGGAUACUGAGAUCGUGACGCAGCACCAGGAGCGCGUGUUCUCGCCCAUCAGCGACGCGUCUCGAUCCGUCGGAUCGUCCGAGUAUUCACAGGGUGUGGACACCACCAUGACGCCCAACACGGCCUUGCUGGCAGCCUCCCGCCAGCAAGAGGAUAGCGCGGACUCGGACGACCAAGCCUACCCUUCUCUUAGCAGCUAUUCACUGUCGAGUGGCAUGGGGGAUUCCUUCUCCAGCGAGCUAUCCGUCGAGGGCGGUGACUCAGACAUGGAAACCGGCGAGAGGGCUCCGUUCCCGCGCAAGAAAUCGAUCGAGUUUUAA